AGAGAGCCUAAUUCAUUAAAGAGAGGCGAGAAAGAAGGAGAAGAGAGCCUAAAUCAUUAAAGAGAGGCGAGAAAGAAGGAGAAGAGAGCCUAAAUCAUUAAAGAGAGGCGAGAAAGAAGGAGAAGAGCCUAAUUCAUUUAAGAGAGGCAAGAAAGAAGGAGAAGAGCCUUACAAGGGGAGUGUCUAGUUAAUGAUAUUCAUGGCCUGUUAAUUACUUGUACAGUAAAACCUGUAAAUUGCACAUGUAGCUGGCUACAAGCUCUUGUUCUAUUACUUUGUCAACAACAAGCUCAUUCACGACCAUCGGUAGUUUGUUUCGUCUACUGCUUAUCAAGUUAAAGGCGUCUCUUCUUGUGUUGUGAUCAUAUUAACCAGAUGUCCAGUGUUGCAGACAGUAGUAUUGGAGACAGCAGCACGACCCAGUCCACUGGGAGCUCGGCUAGCAAGACUUCACUCUCCUCACUACACGAACACGAUCGCUUCAUGGCCUCCCCCCCAUCAUUCAACCCCACACCCCUCUCCUUCGCUAACAGACGUGGGAACAUCAAGUUCUCCUCUGCUCGCUACUACCCGGGGUCAAAGUCCCUACGAGGCUCUAAAAGGGGGCGGAGUGGACUUGUCUCGUCCUUCCGAGGGUCAAAGCGCGCUCAGAGAUCAGCACCUCGGCCGGCCAGAUGUAAGGUCGUCUUUGAGAAACUGCUACAAGGACUAACUGAAGGUAUAGCUGGCGUGAAGGCUCGUGUGGAGGAGAUGAAGUCAAAGCUCCAAGAGACUCGCUCCAGAGUGAAUUACUUCAUGGAGCAAGAGAAGCAAAUCAAGCUACUAGAGCGUAAGACACGCACUCUCGAGGUGCACAAAGACAGGAUUGAGGAGAUGCGAGACGAGUACACACUAAAGAUAAAGCUACGUGACGGGGCGUUUAAUCUAGCCCAGGCUCUGUCCAGUCAAGCCUCCAAGGUUUCCAAGGAGAAGUUGAUUGAAGCACGUCUGGAGCAGAGGGAGCUACUGGACGACCUGUGUGAUAUAGAGGAUGAGCUGGAGACCAAGUUAGGAGUGUUCAAGGUCCACAUCAAUGGUCUGGUGGGACUGAGCAACGUCAGCAAUAGUGAGGGGGUGGAGACUCAUCUCAAACUAGCCACUCAGAAAUGGAAGGCAAAGUGCAAGCACAGCAAACACGAGCAGAGCUGGACUGAUGAGAACAUCAUCUUCCUGGGUAAGGUCACGGAUGAGUUGUUCUUGAAGGUGGUGGAGCUCAAGAAGAUCCAAGGCAACGUGCAGCUGGGGGCAAUGAAGUGUCAGACCAGGGAGUUCCUCUCAUUCUAUCCAAUGAACGUAACAUUCGACUUCCCCUCAAGUCCAGUCAAACUCAACAUGGACAUAACAUGGAGCCCCACACUAGGCGGAGACUUCCUCACUGACCUCGACCUCCCGACAGUGAACUGUAUAGUGGGCGGGGCUGCUCUCCGGAGCACAAACUUUGGCAGUGUGGAGAGACGAGGAGCACCUUCUCUCAGUGGGUCAGACCUGGACCACCACACACAACUCAGAAUCAUCACUGAGCCUGAGGAUACGGAGGUCACUAGUAACAACAGUGUCGGGCGGAGUGAGGUCAAGACAAACCAUAUCCUUCGUCGCUCCAAACGCAAGAAGAAGGACAACCAAGACUUUGUGUUCCUCGACCGUAAGUCACUCAUCCUGAACACUGAUGAGGUGCGACAGUACCCCGAGGCUAAAAGCCUCAUGGACAGAGAGGCUAGUCCAGACCCAGACAGAGUGUUGUCCAGGAGAGUGCAGGAGAUAGAGCUGGGGCCCUCCUCACACAAGAACACACGGAAGGACUCUCGUGACAGCAGUCUCGGCUCUAGUCAUAGUUCAGGCAGUACUGGGAACAGGAGAUCGUCCAUACGUCAGACCACACCCUCUGACAGUAUCACUGUGGUGGGCAUGCUCGAGGUUGUCAUGGCGCUACUAGAGGAACCAAGAGAGGUGUACCCAGAGUUGGCUGGACUUGAGAGUCAACUGACAAGACUAGAGGUGGCACUCAAUGGAGGUCGUCUGGUGAAGCUGCCCUCUAUGACACUGAGUGAGAGUCUGGCGAUGGACUCCUUUGACUUCCUGGGCAGUGAGGACACUGCAGCCUCGCAACGCUUUUCCAUGGUCUCAAUGUCCGACGCUUCAGAAGACUACCCAUUCCUCCAUCAUCGUCGCUCUGGCUCUAACUUCAGUGCCUCUGGGCGUAUGGAUCUCCGCCAGUCCAGCCAAGUGAGUCAAGCGAGCCAGGACAGUCAGACCACGGAUGAUACUAUGAGUGACGUGGGAUCCUUCGCCAGUGAGGGUGGUGUGAGGUGUGGGGGCGGGAGCACAGGCUGUGUAAGUGUGGACCGUGCCAUUCUCCAACACCUCAUACACUGCGACUGUCUAUUGCAACACCUCCAGUCAGCCGGCCCACUCAACUACAAGCUGCGGACUGGUCUCCUCAAGCUGCAACAAGAGGCCGAGAUACUGGCAGAGCUACUCAACAUUGCAGCUGAACCAGACGUCCCCGUACUAGUCGACCAUAUUAUCCCUGAGCUGGCUGCCAAUGAGAGCUUGCUCAAGUUCUGGAAGUACGUGUCAGGAUCUGACCUUCUCUCUGUGAGCUACGAGAAAUUUGCAGUUGCCCUGGACGAGAAGUUCGGCCAAAUUAUGUGGGUAGACUUUCCCCAGACCGCCAACAAAGCGUUCACAGAGCUUUUGAGUCGUGUCCUGGAUCUGGACAUUGAUGAUUGGGAACCUUCCCUGGACAGUCAGAUGGUCGUGACUCUGUUCCAGUAUGCAGCCUUCUUCCUGGUACAGGGCAGCACUGGCAUUCAGAAGUGCCUCAAGGACGUCGCACAAGAGUUGAAUGUGACGGAGGGUCUGCUGAGCUAUGAUGAUGAGCACGUGAGGUUCCAGAUAGCGGACCAGCUGAGGGACCAUGGUUACAACAAGGGAGCCCUACUGGCAGCAGCCCACCUCUUGACUGACUCUAGAUCAAGCAUUCUGUCAGCUGCAGUGUCGUAUGUGAAGAGCUUUGAAGGCAACAGCCCAUGGCAUAAUAAGGCGGUGCAAUAUUAUGUUGAGUUGUUGGAGAAUGCUGACCAAAAGAUACGUGCCGGAGCAUGCAGAGCUCUGGGUUACCUGCAGGCGUCAGGUGUUGUACCUCAACUCAAGUACAUCUCAAAGAAAGACUUCCCCACUGUCAGAGAGGCGGCCUGUAAAGCACUGCAGGCAUUAGGUGUGGAGGUGAGCUCAGAGUCUGGUGGCAGUGUUCACUCAGUUGACCCAGCCUCCUCCUCCAAGCAGCAACAAGUCAGCGACAGCCCCAUCAAGAGAACUCGUAGUGCUGACCAGCUAACUAGCGAUACUCUGGUUUAGGAUUCAGUGCAUCUUACGUAUGAUUAUGGCAUGAAUCAGUUUUUGAUAUAAAAUUAAUUAAUGA